AUGAUUCUUCAGUUUGCAGUUGCACCUUCUACAGGGAGAUCGUUGAUAUCUGAAAAUUUUGUUCACAUCAUUGAAAUACCACGGAUAUUGGAAAUAAAACACCAAUGUAAUCAAGGUGGACGAUAUCGUUUAUAAUAUUAUUUUUUAAUAUCAUCGAAAGGGAUCGAGAACGAAAUCGUGUUCUAUAUUAGAUUUGUAUAAUUAAUCUCAAUCACGAUGCUUUAGCAAAGAGAAAAAAGAGAAAGAAAAAAAUAAUAUACCGAGUACGAACGUCACAUUUAAUAAUUAAUAUCGUUUUCUCUAAAAAUUAAAUUACAAUAUUAUCGUUAUUAUAAAGGUACCUUGUUGGAUGGAACAUUUUCAAAAUUAUAUUUCUUAAUGUAAAGGAAAAAAAAAAAUAGAAAAUAUUUUAAUUGACGUGGGUGAAAUUAAUCUUGAAUGAUUAUAUGAAAAAAAAAUAAAAAUAAAAGAAAAAAGGGGAAAAAAAAGGAAGGGAAGAGCCAAAAGAAAGCGGAAACGGAAACGGAAACGGAAACAGAAAAAAAAAACGAGAGAGAGAGAGAGAGAGAGAGAGAAAAAGAGACAGAGCGAGGGAGAAAGAGAGAGAAAGAGAGAGAUAUAAAACUAUAAUUACAAAGUCAAUGUUGAUUUCUGAACUUUACGUCAUUUGCGAUUGGAUGUUUUCGAUACGUAUAUACGUAUAUAAAGCGAAAUGAAUGCAGAGUUGAGUUAAAUAAUAUUAUUUAGACGUAACGGAAGGAAUUUGCAAACGAGAGUGAAGGGAAAGGGUGAAAGGAGAAGGUGGUGGGGCAAAAAGUAAAGGAGAAAGAAGAAAAAGACAAAGAAAAAAAAAAAAAAAAAAAAAAAAAAAGAAGAAGAGUGAGGAAGAAGAGAUACAAGGGUGAAAAAAAAAAUGAAGGUGUUACGGUGUAUCAUUAUUUGGAUGACAUUGUGUCUGACGUAUUCUCAGGGAUAUCGAAUACUUGGAAUUUUUGCAUUUCAAGCAAAAAGUCAUUUUGUCAUGUUCGAAACAUUGAUGAAGAGUCUCGCUAAUAAGGGUCAUCAAAUUGACGCGAUCACUUCGUUUCAUUUGAAAAAGCCAUUCGUUAAUAUUACAGAAUUGGUUGUGAUAACACCGCAAAUGAAAUUGGUCAAUAAUAUAUCGUACGAACAGAUGAAGACGUUACUAACCGGUCUUCCGGUACAAGCGAUUGCUAACAUAGGUGGUAUUGAAGUUUGUGAACAUUUGGGACGUCCGGAAAUUCAAAAAUUAAUACGAAAUCCUCCGAAGAAUCCACCGUACGAUGUCAUUUUGAUAGAGAUUUUUGGUGCCCCUUGUUUUGCCAUAUUCGGACAUCUUUUCAACGUACCAGUGAUCGGUGUCAGUUCGUCUGCUCUUUAUCCAUGGCAAAAUCAUAUUAUCGGAAAUCCCGAAAAUUUGGCCAUUCUUCCAAAUAAUUUAUUGAACUUUAAGACUCCAAUGAACUUUUGGCAACGAACAUACAAUUUUCUACAUACUGCCUUCAAUAAAAUAUACUUCAAUCAUUUGACCGAAUAUCAAGAUGAACAAAUAAGAAAGUACAUCGGUCCGAAUUUACCAAGUGUGCGACAAUUGGAAAAGAAUAUUUCCAUGAUUCUGGUGAACUCAUAUUUCACUUUAAAUGGAAUUAGACCAUUAACGCAGGCCCACAUAGAAGUUGGUGGAUUGCAUGUUCAAGAUGACGGCUCGGUAUUAUCACCGGAGCUACAGAAAUGGUGUGACGAGAGCAAAGAUGGUUUUGUCUAUUUCACGUUUGGUUCAAUGGUCAAGAUUGAAUCAUUUCCAAGAAAGAUUCUCGAUAUAUUCUAUAAAUCUUUCGAAAGGAUAUCGCCAGUAAAUAUUCUAAUGAAGAUUCCAAAUCCCAAAGAGUUACCACCUGGUUUGCCAAAGAACGUUCACAUUUCACCAUGGAUACCGCAAUUGAAAGUUUUACAACAUCGGAACGUGAAAGCGUUUAUUACUCACGGUGGUCUUAUGGGGACACAAGAGGCCAUUUCUUGCGGCGUUCCAAUGAUCGGAAUACCUUUAUUCGCCGAUCAAUUUAUAAAUAUCGAUAACUAUGUGGAAAAGAAGAUUGCAAUAAAAUUGGAUUACGAAAAUUUGUCGCAAGAUUCUAUGGACGCCGCAUUGAACGCCAUCUUGUAUAAUUCCACUUACAGGGAGACGGCACGUAUAAUAGGAAUGAAAUUUUCGGAUAGGCCAUUGAAACCAAUCGACGUAGCUAAUUAUUGGAUUAAUUAUAUCGUGAAAUAUGGACCGGAUGCGCUCCGUUCACCGGUCAUAGAUUUAAAUUGGUGGGAAAUAGCUCUUUUAGAUGUAUAUGCAUUUCUAAUUCUUGUUACAGUUUUCAUCGUUUACAUAACAAUUCGUUUAAUUCAAAUACUUCGGAACAUGGUUUUAUCUAAUGCAAACGUCAAUGUUUCACGCGCAAAGAAAAUGUCAUAACAAUCUGAUUUCGAAUUAGAUAAUUCCGUGUAGAUGAAUUUCUUUAAAUUUUGUACAUAUCAAAAUAUAUAAUUUAAUUAAUAAUUUAACUUCAUGUCGAUAUCAAUGUAUGAAAAAAUUAUAAAUCGAUAAGCUCUACUUAUUAAGCUUUGCUUAUUUUCUAAAUUAACUCUAGUUUAGAAAAUAAGAA